GAAAAGGUCAAAGUGUUUUGUUGUGUUGUAAACGCUCUGUGUCCGAUGAAUUACAGGAUGUCAUGCAGUGCACUGAUCCUUUUACAAAAGGUACAUGUUUAGUCGGGAAGGGUGGAAACAUCGUAUGUAUGUACAUACUACGACACUACAAACAUACUUGUCUGAUGCUAUGCAGCAACAGCAUCAGCACAUCAUUCGCUCAGACUGUGAUACAAUCAAAGAAAGGAUUACACGCUAAGUUAUAUUGCACGCCACUUGCACACCUUUUUCUUGUAUGCACCCAUGCACGUACGUUCUCUCUCUCUCUUUGUGUUUGUCACGCUUAGUGCAGAUUAUAUGCUGCUGCAUAUAUGCACACUCAUCCUACCUUCAAGGACAUUUAUGCCCGACUGAUUCUUCAAAGUCACUAAUCAAUCUUAAGGGGUCAAUGGUCUUCUCUUGCAGUUCAAGCAACAGGUACAUGAGAAGUGUACUUCACUCUUUGAGAUUAAACGUUUUCAUCAAAUCUCUUUUUUUCUUUUUUUUGGCUCUAUCUCUGUCAAUAGUGCAUUUUACUGUUCUCUCUUUGGCUGAUACCGUACGAUUAGGGUACACUCAUCGUCAUCAUAGCUUACUUGUUCCCAAUACCUCAUCACCAUCAAACCUACAAGCGGUCACUGUCUUUCCCCAAUACAUCACGCGAACACAAAGUCGUGAUCAUAGGAAAGACAAGCUUUUAUGGAGUAAAGUCUUGUUAUCCGCUUCUUUGGGUCGUCGCAAAAGUGCGCACCUAAGAAGGAUAAUAGAGAGGGUACUCCUAAAUCUCAAAAGAUAUCUCGUCGAUCCAAUUUAACGUGAACCCUAUUUCAAUCGUCUCUCUUGAUGAGAAGCGAAAGGUAAUCUUAUGCAACCCUUUGACGACAAUCAAAAAAAGACAAAAAGUAUCUUUAUCAUCUCAGUCUAAUUUACGACACAGUAUACCCAUCCGCAAUCCGAAAGGUGAACCUAUCCGACAAUCAACGGAACCUCACACCCCAUUCAAUUUCAUUUGACCGCUAGCUCCUUUUUCAAUAUUGAGCA